ACCUUGAUAGAAAGAUAACGUUGGAGGCAAGUUGCCUUUGAACAACUCCCUGAAGAUCAACGGCCUCCCCGUCGCAUUCCUUGCCCAGAAGCUCUUUCCUCUGGUUGUGCUAAGGGGUGAUGCCCAAGGCACAUCACUUUUCAAGAAUUGGAUCAUGAACAACUUUAUCCUCCUGGAAGAACAGCUCAUCAAGAAAUCCCAACAGAAGAGAAGAACUUCUCCCUCGAACUUUAAAGUUCGCUUCUUUGUUUUAACCAAAACCAGCCUGGCAUACUUUGAGGACCGCCAUGGGAAAAAGCGCACCUUGAAGGGCUCCAUUGAACUCUCCCGAAUCAAAUGUGUUGAGAUUGUGAGAAGCGACAUUAGCAUCCCAUGCCACUAUAAAUACCCGUUUCAGGUCGUGCAUGAUAACUACCUCCUGUAUGUGUUUGCUCCAGACCGCGAGAGCCGGCAGCGCUGGGUCCUGGCCCUCAAAGAAGAAACAAGGAACAACAACAGUUUGGUAUCCAAGUAUCAUCCUAAUUUCUGGAUAGACGGGAGGUGGAGAUGCUGUGCCCAGUUGGAAAAGCUUGCAGUAGGCUGUGCUGAGUACGACCCAACCAAGAACGCUUCAAAGAAGCCUCUUCCUCCUACUCCUGAAGACAACAGGCGGUCACUCCAGGAACCUGAGGAAACCUUGGUCAUUGCCUUGUAUGACUACCAAACAAAUGACCCACAGGAACUCACACUUCGCCGCAAUGAAGAGUACUACCUGCUGGACAGCUCUGAGAUUCACUGGUGGAGAGUUCAAGACAGGAAUGGGCAUGAAGGAUAUGUACCAAGCAGUUAUCUGGUAGAAAAAUCUCCAAAUAACCUGGAAACCUACGAGUGGUACAAUAAGAGCAUCAAUCGUGACAAAGCUGAAAAACUUCUGUUGGACACAGGCAAAGAAGGAGCCUUUAUGGUGCGAGAUUCCAGGACACCAGGAACAUAUACUGUGUCUGUUUUCACCAAGGCUGUCGUAAGUGAGAACAACCCCUGUAUAAAGCACUAUCACAUCAAAGAAACAAAUGAUAACCCCAAGCGAUACUACGUGGCUGAAAAGUACGUGUUUGAUUCCAUCCCUCUCCUCAUCAAUUACCACCAACACAACGGAGGAGGUCUGGUCACUCGGCUCCGGUAUCCAGUUUGUUCCUGGAGGCAGAAAGCCCCGGUCACAGCAGGGCUGAGAUAUGGGAAAUGGGUGAUCGAUCCCUCGGAGCUCACUUUUGUGCAGGAGAUAGGCAGCGGGCAGUUUGGGUUGGUGCAUCUUGGCUACUGGCUCAACAAGGACAAGGUGGCUAUCAAAACCAUUCAAGAAGGGGCCAUGUCAGAAGAGGACUUCAUAGAAGAGGCAGAAAUCAUGAUGAAACUCUCUCACCCCAAACUGGUCCAGCUCUAUGGGGUGUGCCUGGAGCAGGCCCCCAUCUGCCUGGUGUUUGAGUUCAUGGAGCAUGGCUGCCUCUCAGAUUACCUGCGCAGCCAGCGGGGGGUCUUUGCAGCGGAGACCCUACUGGGCAUGUGCCUGGACGUGUGUGAAGGCAUGGCCUACCUGGAAGAUGUGUGUGUCAUCCACAGAGACCUGGCUGCCCGAAAUUGUCUGGUGGGAGAAAACCAAGUCAUCAAAGUGUCUGACUUCGGAAUGACAAGGUUUGUCCUCGAUGAUCAGUACACCAGUUCCACAGGCACCAAGUUCCCAGUGAAGUGGGCAUCCCCAGAAGUUUUCUCCUUCAGCCGUUACAGCAGCAAGUCAGAUGUGUGGUCAUUUGGUGUGCUCAUGUGGGAAGUCUUCAGCGAAGGCAAAAUCCCAUAUGAAAACCGAAGCAACUCUGAGGUGGUGGAAGACAUCAGUACCGGAUUUCGGUUAUACAAGCCCCGACUGGCCUCCACAAAUGUCUACCAGAUCAUGAAUCAUUGCUGGAAAGAGAGGCCAGAAGACCGGCCGCCCUUCUCCAGCUUGUUGGGCCAACUGGCUGAAAUUGCAGAAUCAGGACUUUAGCAGAGACUUGGUGCCAGGACACGGGCUGCAGAUCCUGAAUGAGGAAGGGAAGUCCUCCCUUCACAGAGCAUUAAAUCUGCCCCAAGCCCAGGACCUCCCAGGGGUAGCGUGGCCUGUGACGCUGCUCCCUGAGCUGCCACGGAGGCAGCACCCUGUCAGUGGCUGGCACUGGGCCACAGGCAGGAGGGUCAGCCACUGAGCUGGGAGCAGGGCCAGAACAGCAGCGACGUCUCUGCCUUCCCUCUAGCCUUUUGUCACAUGUGGUGCACAAGCCUCAAUCUGAAAAGCUUCAGGCAUCAUUUCUUGCACUGCUUCUUAGUGAAAGGGAGAGACAGGGAUAGGAUUCAGGAUAAUUAUUUUUAUUAUUAUUUUAAACAUGGGUCUGAAGUUUAUCAGACAAAGAAACUCUUGUUUGGACCCAGCAACACAGUAAUCUAAGAUUGGGGGCAAGGGAAACAAGGGACAUGACUCUUUUUCUAAGAAAACUGGUGGGUUGAUUCAAGUCGGAAAAAUCGAGCUCUGUGGCUGUAAUGCAGUCAACCACAGCUUCCUGCAGUAGAGGAUGAUGGGACAGUCUUUCAUAUCAGAGGUCAGAUGUUCUGAGAUGCAGCUUCAUGUGGUUUUGUAAGGGUAUACUGCCACCUCUCUCCUUGAGGGAAGCAUGGUGAGCUCCAUUGGAUGGAUUGGGGUGAAUAAUUCAAAUUCUACAGUUGGGAGUGUUGUGUCCCUGGUAUCUGGACAGGAAUCCAAGAGGGCAUGUGAUGGUAGGGAACUAACUGGUACAAAGAAAGGUCUUAGCUUGUUGCCACUCUGAUCCUUACCUUUAGUACCAAAUGAGGCAAGCGACUAUGCCUCCCCUCUGCACAAAAGUACCCUGCAGGAUCCUAGGAAGAAAUGAUUACUUUGAACACUGAUCCUGACUGAGGACUUGGCCACCAUUUUUCUGGCCUCUGGGAAGUGGCCUCUUCUCUCUGCAAUCGUCCAUCCUUAUCAACAGAGGGCGCCAUUGUGCUGGUCAUCGUGACCUCCUUGCAGAGAAACAGAUGCCUGUUUAGGCCCUCAGAUUUUCCAGUCUUAAGGUUAAGACUUCAAGGCACCUCGUGGAAAGUAAGAUGUGGUGCUCUAAAAAUGCAAAAGAAUGCCUACUGUUAGGGUGAGUGCUCAAACAUCCUGAGAGUACAUAUACUGAGCUAUGAGCUUUCAAUACAGAGCCUCAGUUCAUCCUCACACCAUGCACAUGAGAUAGUAUUACUAUUCCCAUUUUACAGUAACAGAAUUGAGGCUUUAAAAAGUCAGGACAUCUGCCUGAAGUGACAGAGCCAGGAAGCAUAGAACCCCAGGAUUCUAGCCAAAAUCUGCCUGAAUGUAAUGCACAGUACUUUUCCCUGUUCAACACUGCCUCCUACUGAGUAUGAAAGGGAUUGCAGAGAAAGUAAGGACAGCCAGAGGGGACUGACAUCAUAGAAAACCAAUAAAGAAGUCAAUGUAGUACCACCAGGGAAUAAUUUUGUUCCCACAUAGACCACUGAGUCUGGCACUCUGGCCCUCCAACUUGGACUACCGCUAGUUGCCGUGGACUCAAUUCUGACUCAUGGGGUUGCCAUGAGUGCCCUCAUAGGAUUUUCAGUGGCUAAUUUUUCAGAAGCAGAUCUCCAGGCCUUUCUUUAGAAGUACCUCUGGGUGGACUUGAAUCUCCAACCUUUUGGUUAGCAGCCAAGCAUAUGACUAUUUGCACCACUCAGAGACUUCUCUAGCUUGGAAUAGAAUCUUCUUUUUUCUCAGCUGCAUUGGUCAUAGUUAACUGACUUUUUAUUUUUAAUUGUGGCAGAUAUAUAUACACAUAACAAAACAUUUGCCAUUUCAACAUUUUUUACGUGUACAAUUCAGUAACAGUUGAGUUUUGCACUGCACAGUUAAUCCCAAAUUCAGAGUCAUGUUAUGUGAAGACACUUAAUGGAUGAGCUUCGAAGCAGCUUUAAAAGAUUCUCCUGCAGAAGUAUAAAUAUUUCCUUUGAUUUACUAGGCCAACUUUGAGCUGCUGUCUUCUUGGACAUUUUGUGCAGGAUAUUCCCUGAUAUAACAGAGAUUUGAUUUUUCUAGACUGCUUAGAUAAAGCUCAUAGGGAGC